UCGAGUCAGUUACACGCGCGUUAAUUGUGUUUGUUUAUAUGUGCAUAUAAUAUAAUUUUGUGAGCGGUGGCGGCGAGGUCUACCAGCGGCGGCUCGUUGUCUGCUGCACUUGGCCAAUGCACGGGAUGAAUCAUACGUUUUUGUGUGUUUUUACCCAAGUCGUUGAUUGGCGUUUAUAGUUUAUACCGCAGUGCUCGAUCGGGACGAGCUAGGUGCAGCUCGAGAAUGCCAGUGAAGUGCCUCAUGGACGUCCGAUACAAUUCAAGAUUUCAUCUUAAACAUUAUUAAAUAUUUUUUUUUGACAAGUUCGUGUACUAUCAACAACAUGAGCAGUCAGUUCGUCACUGUCCAAGUGGGACAAUGUGGCAAUCAAAUAGGCGCAGCUUUUUGGCCGCUGGUGUUGCACGAAUACGGCGUGGAACAGGAGGACAAGACCGUCAAGUUUCUGAAAACUCAAAAAUUUUACCACAAGAACAGCAAAGAGCUCAGCAGUGCAUUCGGUAGCUUUUUCCAUGUGCCCGACAGUAGAAGUGGAACUGAUUUCAAAAGCAUCAGUGAUCUGGAAUAUCACAGAGUUAAAGCUAGGGCAGUUCUAAUUGACAUGGAAGAUAGCGUGGUUGGAAGAUUUCAUCAAGGCUCCUUGAGGAAUUUGUUCGAUCAAACUUGCACAGUGACUAAUUACCCUGGUUCUGGAAACAAUUGGGCUGUAGGAUAUUAUACUCAUGGAUUAGAAUACCACGAUAAAAUAGAAAAUUCUAUCAGACUGGCUGUCGAACGGUGUGAUUGUUUGCAUGGAUUUCUUGUUACACAUUCUGUUGGUGGAGGUACUGGUUCAGGCUUAGGAACAGCUACGUUGAAAAUUUUGAAUGAUAUGUAUAGUCAUGUAGACAGAUUUGUCUCGUGUGUAUAUCCUGCAAGUACUCAAGAUGUUAUAACAGCUCCCUACAAUGUAUUGUUAGCAACUAGAGAAUUGAUAGAGUAUGGUACUUGCAUAUUUCCUGCUGAGAAUCGAGCCUUACAAGAAAUGUGCAAUGCAAACAUGAAUAAGCGAGAAAAUGCUGAUCAAGCAAAAUACAAUGCUUCUUGUGUUCCUUUUCAAGAUAUGAACAGCAUUAUAGUUAAUUCAUUAUUGCACUUGACAAGUGGAUCAAGAUUUCCUGGAAGUUUAAAUGUGGAUAUGAACGAAUUAGCUACAAAUCUUGUAGCAUUCCCACAACUACAAUACAUUUUCAGUAGUGUAAGUCCUGUAGCUCUUACAGCGCCUCAAAUGUCAACAUUGAAUGGCUCAACUAAACAUCAAGAUGAGUUGUUCACAAAUUCCUGGUCAAAAAGUAAUCAACUCAUUAAAAUUGAUCCACUGCAAACAGGAUCUCUAAUUAUUGGAGCAGCACAUAUUUAUCGUGGUGAAACUUCUCUUACUGAUAUCAAAAGAAAUAUUGAAAGGUUUCAAAAUAAAGCAAAAUUCACUUCUUGGAGUAAAGAAACUAUGAAAAUUGGACUGUGUUCAGUGCCACCAGCAGGUCAUCCAUCAUCACUGAUGUGUAUGAUGAAUUCUACUGCAAUGUCUGGUUUAUUCAGAGAUAUCAUUCAUCAAUUUGAUAGAUUAUACAAGAAAAAGGCCCAUGUGCAUCACUACUUACAAGUGGAUAAUUUCGAAAAAGAAGAUUUUAAAGAUAGUAGGGAUAAAAUACUCGACGUUUAUGAGCAAUAUAAAAAAAUAGAACAACAAAGCCCAAGUAUAAUCUCUAGACUGAGAGUGAGAUGAAAUUUUUAAAAUUUGUCAACCAAAUUUCAUUCAGUCAUUUCAUUUUCAAACCAGUACUUAUCGAUAGAAAUUUUGUAAAACUCAUGAUACAACUACUAAUUCUAAUAAAUAUAGAAUUUGAGUAUAACUCGAAGGCCAUUUGGAUUAGCUUUACUAGUUUUUAAAUAAUAUUUUAUGUAUUCUACAGAUAUUGGUUGAAUAACUAAUUACAAAGUCAUUAAAAUAAUAAUUAUUUAAUGUUUAUAAGCCAAAACUGCCUGAAUAUAUUGUACAUUUAUUUUGGUAUGUGUUACAUAAUUUUUCAUGUGCAAAGACGAAUGUUUACUUACAUGUAAAUAAAUAUUUUUAAUAAAAAAAAUUAACAACA